AUGAUCGUAGGCAUAUUUUCUCUAUCGCAAUGUAAUGCAUCGUAUAUGUACAUUAAUCACUCAUUAUUUCAAAUCCGCAAUUUGACCAAUAAAAAUAUACUGAGUGGUAAGACUAAAAAAGUAACACCAAAAAUCGUGAUUAAAGGGAUACAAUAUAAUUUUGUUGAUAAACAAAAAGGGUCAACUCAAAAUUACGAAUCAGUGUACUCAUACCUCACCAAGAUUAACAACCAGCGGAAAUUAGACAAACUUAUGGAUGAUUCCAAAAUCAAUUACAUUAAUGCAAUUGCCAGAUGUACUAAGAACUACUUCAAAUCUCGUGUAAUAUAUGAAGGGCCUAGGAACAUUAUUUUCUGGCGCAGAAUGAAAAGGCCUGGUAAGCGUUCCUGA